ACAACAACAACAACAACAAUAACAAUAACGUUAAGAAGCAGCAAAACUUUUCAACUUCCGGCCAAGUGACUUCGAUUUAAUUUCUUUGGCUUUUUUAUGGUCAAGUCAUUUAAUUAAUUUUUACUAUGGCAAUUCAAAUGUCUUGCCGUCUGGACUGAACUUUGACCCCCAAGCGGUUAACAGCUCAUCACACUUACACACACACACACAUACAAAUAAAAGCAAGCGGCAGCUAUAAGCCAAGCGCUCCGCUUCGUUCGCUCUACUAAGCACAGCUCGACGUUUAAUUAUUGAACAUGUAAUUCACCCACGAUUUGAAUGCACUUAGCAUUAACAUACUGUGAUAAUCAAGUAUACGAGCAGCUCAUAACUGCAAGCAAACAAGCAAGGAGCAAGGAUUCAAUCAAAUUGAAUUUCGAACACACAUUUAUUAUUUCAAUUGACGAGCGUUGAAGAAACGGCGACAAACUGUCGACGCUAUCCAUACGCAACUUCUCGGCAAGCAUGCUGAACAAUCUUGGGGCCAAUGUGCUGGGCCCCAAGGAUUGUGAUCUACCCAAGGCAGCAAUAACAGCGCUGCACGCGGGCGUCAAUAGCUUUGGGCAGCUGCCCGUUGCGCCGAAUAUCGCGGAUCUUGGUGGCGGCGGUGCUGUGCCGGGCGUUGGUGGUGCUGGUGGUGUGGCGCGCUUGCAUGUCAGUGGCGGCUUGUGUGACAAUAGCAAUGCGCUAAGCAGCAGUCACAACAACAGCAGCAACAACAACAACAACAAUAGCAACAGCAACGGCAGCAACAACAACAACAACAAUAUGCAGCAACAGGAUCAGCAUCUGGACAAAAACAAGCAGAAACGGCAUCGCACACGCUUCACGCCAGCGCAGCUCAAUGAACUGGAGCGCUGCUUCUCCAAGACCCACUAUCCGGACAUAUUCAUGCGUGAGGAGAUUGCCAUGCGCAUUGGCCUCACCGAGUCCCGCGUCCAGGUUUGGUUCCAGAACCGUCGCGCCAAGUGGAAGAAGCGCAAGAAGACCACAAACGUAUUCCGCACACCGGGCGCUCUCUUGCCCUCACAUGGGCUGCCACCGUUUGGGGCAAACAUCACUAACAUUGCCAUGGGCGAUGGACUCUGCGGCACAGGCAUGUUUGGUGGCGAUCGCUGGAGCGUGGGCGUCAAUCCCAUGACUGCAGGCUUUGGCCAGCUUAAUCAAACAUCACCGCUGAAUAGCGGCCUCAAUACGGGCAUUAACAUGGGCUCCGCUUUGGGUGCAGGCAGCUAUCAGCAUUAUGGUCUAAAUGCUUUGGGCGAUUCGAUGAUGUAUCAGCACAGCGUAGGCGGGGGGGUGGGCUGUGGACCGGGCGGCUCCCCGAGCGCCACAACGCCGCCCAAUAUGAAUAGCUGCUCAUCGGUGACGCCACCGCCGCUUGCCACACAGCCCAACGCGAGUCAGAAUGAGCUAAAUACUGAGCCCAUGUCGCAUCAUCAACAGCAGCAGCAGCAGCAACAACAGCAGCAGCAAGGACAUCAACCACAGCAGCAGCCAACUCACCAACAAGUUAAUCAUCAACAGCAAUCAGCUGGCACACCAACCCAACAACAACAGCAGCAGCAGCAACACCAACAGCAGCAGCAACAGCAGCAGCAGCAGCAGGACAGCAGCAAUUUGCUGCCGCAUUGCCAUCAAUCCAUGCAGUCGCCAGAUGGCGCCACCGAUGAGGAUGUCUGGCGAGGACAUAGCAUUGCUGCUUUGCGGCGGCGCGCCUCGGAAUUAAAUGCCACAGCUAUACCAUCGUAUUUGCAUCAUGCUGCUGCCGCACACAACAAUUACGAGCAUCACAAUUCGGUCUACUGAAAUUUGUUGAAGAGCUUUGAAAGCUUUUCGGAUUACGGUUUUAAUAGCGGCUCACACGAGUUUUGAGCCCACCACACACACAGUUUGACAGUCCACCGCCCACACACAGCCCUGUGGCCCCCAAGUGAGAAAGUUAGUUUUAGAACUUAAGGCUAACCAAGAGAGCAACGUUAGAAAUUCGAUUAUGAGUUUACGAAAUUUUUUGAAUCGCUUUUGUUAUUGAGAAAAAUGUCCACAUGCCAUCGAUGCAUAGAUUUUUAAACUAAACAAGACUAUAAUUAAUGUAAACCAUGUAUACGAAAUGCAAAAAAAACCUUAAACACAUAUACACACAAACUAUAAAUGUAUUUAAAAAUAUUAUAAAUUAAGCCCAGCAAUUGCAAAAAAAUCAUUUCAAACGUGCUAAAUAUACGAAUUAAUUAUUAGCCAUAAACAAACUUAACUUUGCUGUAUACGAUUUACAAAAAGUAGCCAGAAAUAUUGUAAAAAAAAAAACAAAAUAUAAAUUUUGCGCAGCUUCAUGUGCUUUGGCUUCAUUGGCAACUAAUAAUAUAAUAUAUAUACGUACAUAUACAUAUGGUAAGCAGUGUAGUUCGUAUUACUUAAGUGUUGUUGUUUUUGUGUAUAGACUCUUUAAAUGUUUAGUUCAUUUGCGCAAACUUAAACUAUAACUCUAAUAUAUGCUUAUUGUUUAAAACUAUAAAUGCAAUAAAAUAAAACAUAACUAUAAAUAUAAAUAUGCCGAAACUAUAGUCAAAUGUCAGUUGGACAGUCAUCAAACACGUAUACAGUUUUUAAAAUGCACAUUUAAUUAGCUGACAUUGAAUGGAUUCAUUU